AUGGCAGACAAACGCAGGAGGAAAAGCCUGAGCAUUUUCCGCCAGAAGGCGGACGACAGGCCAACGAUACAAAUACCUCCAAGUCCCCUGCUGGAGAAGCGGUCCAGUGACUACCUACCUAGCCCCGUGGACUCGGAUCCAUCGAGUCCCAAACCUCGUCCUAGAACCUUGCAGAAAUCCAGUCGGACCUCAGUGUUUGGGUCCCUGCGCUCGUUACACUCCCUCGACGAAGACGAAAAGCUUGCUCUGACGAGGUCCGACUCAAAAGCUUCGUCCUUCCAUGACGAACCGGACAUGAACGUGAAGGGACUCUUGGGCAGCAGAGUUCUCCAAUAUGGUGAAGUGCAAGCCGGCUCAAGCAACAUGUUCAGAAAAAGGACCCAGUUCAUAGUCCUGACCGAAUCACACCUCAUUCGAUUCAGGAGCCAAAUCAAAGCCGCCGAAAUGUUUCCUAGCAUCCCCAAUAGCCUCCACAAGGGUCAUACCGCGAGAACUUCGUCUGUGGGUUCCUAUCAAGAACUCCAAAUGUCAGCGUAUACGGACAUCACCUCAGGCGUUCCCCUGGACCAGGUGGUUGCGGUGUAUAAGAUCGACGAUGGACGGCCUUCUCCUGUGGUGGAAGUGGCAUACCUUGAUGAACGCGCAAGAAGAGCGUCUGCCAUUCAGCUACAGUUGAACGAGAUGCGCGAGGCAGAGCUAUGGAUUGCCGCCAUUCGUUCAGCCUGCGAUCAGGCGAGGUCUCUCGUCGAGCAGCACAUCCAAGAUCGAACGGUCGAGCAUCUUGCGCGUGUCGUGGAGCGGGAGAGAGACUAUGACCCUGAGCAUUUCCACGUCUCCAAAGUCAUUCAACGGCAAAUCAACAAGUCUACGGGGAGGGCAUCAGCUGAAGAUCUGACCAGACUCGGGUCUUCAACAACCUGCUACCUCGUUAUCGGAUUGCACAAAAUUCAUCUGGUGCCCCUCCAGAGAUCUUCCACACGUUCAUCGAGUACCUCUCUCAGCGAGCUGGAUGCCAUGACAUCCUACGCUAUUGUGACCUUGACUUCGAUUAAGGUCGUGGCAGACGACGACGGGUUCCAGUUGACUUUCAAACCGCCAAUGGCACAACCAUGCGUGCUACAGCUAGCUUCAUAUUCCGCUGGACAAAUUGCGCUACGGCUAAGAUCUGCUUCGGAAUACCUUCGACCCGAAUGGCUGAGGCAGCCUUUCAUCUUCGACGUCCCUGCAGAAAUCGACGACCAGAUGAUCCCACCGAAUUUUCCAAAAGAGGAGCACGACUGCUUUGAUCGAACAUUGAUCGCGUACUGUGCAGGCUAUGAUGUGGACACGUCCCGCAUUUGCUAUUCUGUUGAUUAUGACUGUGAAGAUGCACCAUGCUUUCAACUGCUUCCACCGUCAAAUGGUACCGCUUAUUCCGCCCUCGAAUUACUCGCUGUAUUCCGAGCCUUACGGUACAAUGAGUCGUUCUCGUCAAUCUCUUUCGCACGUAUCAAUCUAUUGCCGCUGCGUCUCUACUACGAUGGGUUCGGAUCGGACUUGGAUAGCCUGUUCACACGGUCUGGAAAUCCUACUAACAUCGCUGGCCACCAAGAGCUGCCCGUUCUGUCGCAAGAGAUCAGAGUGUUGGCGUUGAAGAGCCGGCGGUUGAGACGGCUAGAUUUCUCGCAUACCAUUCCACGACAAGCACAAGCGAGUGACGGAGAAGCUUUGAGCUGUGGAAUCCUGGAGGCUCUGACGCCACUGUGCAAGAGGUCCUUGACCAACCUGGACUGGAUUGUGCUCACAGGCCUUCGACUAUCAGAUUCCGACCUGAACUUCCUCGUUGAUGCGGCGUCGGAGAGGAAAUGCCAUCUUCGAGCGCUUGAAAUCGGCGACUGCGGCCUCUCAGUCCAUGAUAUUGACGUGCUCUUGUCCACAUUGGCAAUUCAGGAGAGCACUGUCGAGGUUAUCGACAUAUCGGGAGCGCAAGGUCGAUUUAGCCCCGAGCUUUUUCAGCGCGGAAUGGGUGCUUUUACCCGAAUCCGGCGCCUGAAUCUCACGCGAGUGCAAAAGACCGCUGGUUCAGAGCCUUUGCUCCCACCCGAAGUGCUUUUGGCUUGGAGACUCGAAGCGUUGUAUUUGUCGCAGACCGCUCUCAAUGAGCAGACAGUGGACUCGAUAUCUGCGUACCUGGCGACAUCAAAGUCUGAUAUCCUUCGAGAGCUACACGUCAAUCAAUGUGGUUUGACGGGAUUCGAUCUUGCGACCUUCUUCCGGUCAAUGACUCGAGACGAUAUGCAGCCCCGAACCAUGCACGUGAGUGCCAACGAGAACCGGCUAAAGACGGGGAACACGGUUCUAUUUAAGACGAUUGCUCAAAACUGUGGCCCUUCGUCAUUAAGUUUGCGGAUGAUGGAUUUUGAGAAAGAAAACCACUUUCGCGAAUUGAUCAAUGCCCUGAAAGUCAAUACGACGUUACGAAGUUUGGACAUAUCACGUGCUUCGUUGCCAUACGAUGCCAGUGUUGAGACCUGCGAGGCGUUGAAGGAGAUGUUUGCCACGAACCGGACCUUGGAGGAGCUUGACAUCAGCGGCGAACAUGCGCAUCUGGACACCACCCGCUUCGGCAUUGGCCUUAAUAUUGCGCUGAGAGGGUUGGAAAAGAACACUUCCUUAAAGCUACUGCGCAUCGAAUACCAGGCACUGGGUUUACAAGGCGCAAGCACGUUAGCCGAGGUGCUGGAGAGGAACGAAACGUUGCUGGAGAUCCACUGCGAACACAAUGACAUUAAUCUGCAAAGUUUCACGGCGCUUGUCAAUGCGCUCGAGAAAAAUCACACACUGUUGUAUAUGUCGACGAUGGACCACGAUAGAGCAAAAACAAUGGAUAAAGUGCGCCGCGAGAUCGAAACCAUGGAGCGCGCGGACCACCCUAAGACCCCUAAGAGUGGUGGCGGGGCGAUCAAGAAGGCUUUGACAGGGACAUUGACUGGGAAACCCCACGGCAAGGGACAUGGACACCGGCACAGUAACUCGACAACUUCCACCGCGUCGUUUACCGAUCAGGACGUGGCUGCAGUGAUGAGCACCCUGGACGAAAAGUGGGACAUGCAAGUUUCGAGGAUGCAAAAGUAUCUAUUUCGCAAUUAUUGUCGCGCACAGGGUGUGCCUUGGGAAGAUGGCGUUGGUGACGAGGACAGCCGGCGCACCACAGCGGCAGGAGACUCUUCGAUGGCGCAGAUCUUGCAGCGCGUCAAACUCGAUCGAACGCCGACUGCAGCACAACCGGAUGCCUUGGACUAUAUCGACGAGAAGCUGGGAAGGGACGGUAGCAGCCAGAUGAUAUUCCAGAUACCCGAGGAUUGA